AUGUUUGGCUCCCACCUUCUCGUGCUGCUGGCCGCUGCCGCCAGCGCCUUGCCUCUGCGCGCCCGCUCCGAGUACCAGGUCAAGGAAACCAUCCACGUCCCGCGCAGUUGGUCGCGCGUCGGCCGUGCCCCCUCGGAGCAUGUCGUCAACCUCCAGAUCGGCUUGAAGCAGGCCCGCUUUGCCGAGCUCGAGAGGCACCUCUACGAAGUCUCGAACCCCAGGCACGAGCGCUAUGGCCAGCAUCUGACCGCAGACGACGUCAAAAAGCUUGUCACGCCCGCCGAUGACACCCUGGACCUUGUUCACGAGUGGCUCGAGGACAAUGACAUUGCUAAAGCCCACUUGGAAUACAGUCCCGCAAAGGACUGGAUCAAGCUUUCACUGCCUGUCGACCAAAUCGAAGCUCUCCUAGACACCGAAUACUCGGUCUAUCAGCACGAGACUGGCGGUCACAUCGUCCGCACUCCCGCCUGGUCUCUGCCUCGCCAUCUCCAUGACCACGUCGAGACCAUCCAGCCCACAAACUCGUUCUUCCGAGCCGCUCCUCGUAGGAGCAAUGUUAGGCCCAUCAUCGAGGACCUUCUGCAGCCUCUUGCUCACCAGAAUUUCGUCACCAGCCAGACCUCUUCGGAUUCCGGCGCGCCUUACGUGUCUGCCAUCUGCAACACGACUUACGUAACUCCUCACUGCUUGCGCACCUACUAUGGCACCGUGGACUAUGUUCCCCAGGUCCCUGGCAAAAACAAGAUCGGACUUGCAAAUUAUCUCAGCGAGACCAGCAAACGGACCGAUGUCAAACUCUUCCUGGAACAGUUUCGCCCCGAUGCCGCCUCUGCCGCCGACAGCUUCACCAUCGAAGUCGUCAACGGAGGCGACAACACUCAAACUCCCAACACACCCGAGCAGAAUGGAGAGGGCAAGAACAUGGAAGGCAACCUUGACGCCGAGACUAUCCUGGGCAUUGGCUACCCUACUCCGCUCAUUGCUUACAACACUGGUGGCUCCCCUCCCUUCCAACCCGAUGCCAACGAGGAAACCAACACCAAUGAGCCAUACCUCGAAUGGGUGCAGCACGUUCUCAAACAAUCCGACGUGCCUCAAGUGAUAUCCACCAGCUACGGCGAUGACGAGCAAACGGUUCCUCCCUCGUACGCCUACACCGUCUGCAACAUGUUCGCCCAACUUGGCGCCCGUGGCGUCACCCUUCUCUUCGCCUCUGGCGAUGCCGGCGUGGGCAACGAAGGUGCUUGCAUCAGCAACAACGGCACGGAUGCCGCCACUUUCCUGCCGUCGUUCCCCGACGGCUGCCCAUACGUGACGUCCGUGGGCGCCACCACCGGCUUCUCGCCCGAGACCGCAGCCUACGAUGGCUCCGGCUCCGGCAGCGUCUUCACGUCCGGCGGCGGAUUCAGCAACUACUUCGGCCAGCCACCCUACCAAGCCGAGGCCGUUCACAACUACUCCGCCGCGCACCUCGCCGACGGCGCCUACGCCGGCCUGUACAACGCCUCCGGCCGUGCAUACCCGGACAUCGCGGCCCAGGGCCAGAAAUUCGUCGUCGCCUGGGAGGGAAGCGACAUCCGUCUCGACGGCACGUCGGCGUCCACCCCCCUCGCGUCUGCCAUCGUCUCGCUCGUCAACGACGCCCUCAUCGCUGCUGGCAGGAGCCCUCUCGGCUUCUUGAACCCCUGGCUCUACCAGGGCGGCUGGAAGGCUUUCAACGACGUCACCGAUGGCAGCGCCGCCGGUUGUGGUGUCGAGGGCUUCGUGGCUGCGGAGGGCUGGGAUCCGGCCACUGGAUUCGGCACUCCCAACUUCCCCGCUAUUCUGAAGAGCCUGGGUCUGUGA